ACAUUUUCUUAUUGUCGUACGCCGUAAUGCUCUGAUGCUCCCACUCCAAACUCCGACUCUAUCUGUCUCUGUCUCUGUCAAUGACAACCUUCGUCUCUGAUUUCUCCUCCUUCCGAAUUCCACUGCUUUCUUUUUCUUCUUUUCCCUCGGACUAACGGAAAAAGCAGGCGCCGAUUUUUUACUCUCUAUUGAUUAGGAAUGGAGACUUGGUCUCAUCCUUGAGCUGAAACGUGAAGGACGAGUCUUUUGGGACAAGUUGUGGGAAUUAUGUGCUUUUAAGUGAAGAAUUCUGUAGACUAGUAGUAGUGAUCAGGAAAAAUGGGUUUUGGGCCGUUGGUUUGGUAUUGCCGCCCGGUGGCAAAUGGGGUGUGGGAAAAAGCGGUGGAAAAUGCUCUUGGUGCCUACACACCGUGUGCGGUGGACUCGCUGGUGGUCUCUGUUUCUCAUUUGAUUAUUCUGGGUCUGUGCUUCUAUAGAAUAUGGAGGAUCAAGAAGGAUUUCAAAGCCCAAAGAUUCCGUUUAAGGUCCAAACUUUACAACUAUAUGUUGGGGUUGUUGGCUGCUUACUGUACGGCGGAGCCUUUGUUCAGGUUGAUAAUGGGGAUUUCAGUCCUGAGUCUGGAUGGGCAGACUGGUCUUGCUCCUUUUAAGAUGAUUUCUCUGAUCAUUGAGGCUAUUGCCUGGUGCUCUAUGUUGGUCAUGAUCGGUAUAGAAACCAAAGUCUACAUCCGUGAAGUUCGAUGGUUUGUUAGAUUUGGAGUCAUUUAUGCUUUAGUUGGGGAUGCUGUGAGGCUCAAUCUCAUUCUUUCAGUGAAGGAUUUAUAUGAUAGUUCUGUACUGUAUUUGUACAUCAGCGAAGUUGUCAUACAGGUUUUGUUUGGAGUACUUCUGCUCGUGUAUCUUCCGCAAUUGGAUCCCUAUCCUGGUUAUACUCCAAUCCGGAAUGAAUUAAUAGAUGAUACAGCAUAUCAAGAACUUCCUGGAGAAGAGCAGAUAUGUCCUGAGAGGCAUGCCAACAUAUUUUCAAAAAUAUUUUUUUCAUGGAUGAAUCCCAUUAUGAAGCUAGGGUAUCAAAGACCUGUUACAGAGAAAGAUGUUUGGAAGUUGGAUGAUUGGGACAGGACUGAAACACUGAAUGCGAAGUUCCAAAGAUGUUGGAUUGAGGAAUCUCGUAAGCCAAAACCAUGGCUUUUAAGAGCAUUGAACAAUAGCCUUGGGGCAAGGUUUUGGUUGGGAGGCUUUUGGAAGAUUGGCAAUGAUCUUUCACAAUUUGUGGGGCCUCUUAUCUUGAAUCAUCUCCUACAGUCUAUGCAACAAGGGGAUCCCUCAUGGAUUGGUUACAUUUAUGCCUUCUCAAUAUUUGUUGGAGUGGUUUUUGGGGUAUUAUGUGAAGCUCAGUAUUUCCAGAAUGUCAUGCGUGUUGGUUAUCGGUUAAGAUCCACCCUGGUUGCUGCUGUAUUUCGCAAAUCCUUGAGGCUAACUCAUGAAGCUCGUAAGAAGUUUGCAACUGGAAAAAUAACCAACUUGAUGACAACGGAUGCUGAAGCACUUCAGCAAAUAUGUUCAUUACUUCAUGCUCUGUGGUCGGCUCCAUUUCGAAUUGUUAUCUCUUUGGUUCUUCUAUAUCAACAAUUGGGUGUGUCUUCGCUACUUGGAGCUUUAAUGUUGGUUCUUAUGUUCCCCGUACAGACAAUUGUGAUCAGCAGAAUGCGGAAAUUAUCUAAAGAGGGGUUGCAACGGACUGAUAAGCGAAUUGGUCUCAUGAAUGAAAUUUUAGCAGCAAUGGACACUUUGAAAUGCUAUGCAUGGGAGAGGAGUUUUCAAUCUAAGGUGUUGAGUGUGAGGAUUGAGGAAUUUUCUUGGUUCCGAAAAGCAUCCCUUCUUGGAGCGUUAAAUAGAUUUAUACUCAACAGCACACCAGUUGUGGUGACUGUGAUUUCAUUUGGAAUGUUCACUUUGCUUGGGGGAGAUCUAACACCUGCAAGGGCAUUUACAUCGCUGUCUCUGUUUGCUGUGCUUCGCUUUCCCCUUUUCAUGCUUCCUAAUAUAAUAACUCAGGUUGUUAAUGCCAAUGUAUCAUUAAAGCGUCUGGAGGAGCUACUCUUAGCGGAAGAGAGGAUUCUUCUGCCGAAUCCACCUCUUGAUCCCAGGCUACCAGCUAUCUCAAUAAAGAAUGGAUACUUUUCUUGGGAUUCAAAGCAAGAGAGGCCCACAUUAUUAAAUAUCAAUUUGGAUAUUCCUGUUGGAAGCUUAGUUGCAAUUGUUGGUAGCACUGGAGAAGGAAAGACAUCGCUUAUAUCUGCAAUGCUUGGGGAACUUCCCCCAGUGGCUGAAGCAAGUGUUGUCAUGAGGGGAAUGGUUGCUUAUGUUCCACAAAUUUCAUGGAUUUUUAAUGCAAGUGUUCGUGAUAAUAUUUUAUUUGGAUCAACCUUUGAAUCUGCAAAAUAUGAGAAGGCAGUAGAUGUGACUGCAUUAGGGCAUGACCUUGACCUACUGCCUGGUGGUGAUCUGACUGAGAUUGGUGAAAGAGGAGUGAAUAUAAGUGGUGGACAGAAGCAAAGAGUUUCCAUGGCAAGGGCAGUAUACUCCAAUUCUGAUGUGUACAUUUUUGAUGAUCCCCUAAGUGCUUUGGAUGUUCAUGUGGCUCGACAGGUUUUCGAUAAGUGCAUCAGGGGAGAAUUAGUGGGGAAGACCAGAGUUCUUGUCACAAACCAACUAUAUUUUCUGUCACAGGUUGAUAGAAUAAUUGUGGUUCAUGAAGGUAUGGUUAAAGAGGAUGGAACAUUUGAGGAGCUCUCCAGUGCUGGCUUGCUGUUCCAAAAGCUAAUGGAAAAUGCAGGGAAGAUGGAAGAAUAUGUGGAAGAACAGGAAGAUGGUGAAACGGUUGAUCAGAACACCUCUUCUAAACCUGUUGCCAAUGGGUUGGUCAACACCAUGAAGAAUAAUGCAAGCAAAACAAAUAAACCAAAAGAGGGAAAAUCAGUUCUCAUUAAACAGGAGGAGCGUGAAACAGGUGUUGUCAGUUGGAAAGUCUUAUCGAGGUAUAAGAAUGCAUUAGGAGGUCUUUGGGUGGUGAGUAUUCUCUUUACAUGCUAUGUCCUAACUGAAGUUCUUCGAAUUUCAAGUAGUACCUGGCUAAGCCAUUGGACCGACCAAGGUGUUUCAGAGACGUAUGAUCCUGGAUACUAUAAUCUUAUAUAUGCGCUUCUAUCAUUUGGUCAGGUUUUGGUCACACUGGCUAAUUCCUUUUGGUUGAUUAUUUCAAGUCUUUAUGCUGCCCAAAGGCUGCAUGAGGACAUGCUUAACUCUAUAUUAAGAGCUCCAAUGGUCUUUUUCCACACUAAUCCCCUUGGACGGAUCAUCAAUAGGUUUGCGAAGGAUCUAGGCGACAUUGAUCGAAAUGUUGCUACAUCUGUGAAUAUGUUCCUCAGUCAAGUGUCACAGCUACUUUCUACUUUCAUUUUGAUAGGAAUUGUGAGCACUAUGUCUUUGUGGGUCAUCAUGCCACUUCUGGUUUUGUUUUAUUUAUCAUACCUUUAUUAUCAGAGCUUGGCCCGUGAAAUCAAACGCUUGGACUCCAUUAGUAGGUCCCCUGUAUAUGCGCAACUUGGAGAAGCAUUGAAUGGUCUUUCAACUAUUCGUGCAUACAAAGCUUAUGAUCGAAUGGCAGGUAUUAAUGGAAAAUCCAUGGACAGAAAUAUAAGAUUCACCCUAGUGAACAUGAGUGGAAACCGGUGGCUUGGUAUCCGUUUGGAAACUUCGGGGGCCCUCAUGAUCUGGUUUACCGCAACCUUUGCUGUCUUGCAGAAUGGAAGGGCAGAUAACCAACAAGAAUUUGCCUCGACCAUGGGUCUACUCCUCAGUUAUGCUCUCAAUAUUACAAGCUUAUUGACUAGUGUACUUAGACUUGCAAGUCAGGCUGAAAACAGUCUGAAUGCUGUUGAGCGAGUGGCGACGUACAUAGAUCUGCCUUCAGAGGCUCCACCUGUUAUAGAGAACAACCGCCCCCCUUCAGGGUGGCCUUCAUCAGGUUCUAUCAAAUUUGAGGAUGUUGUUCUGCGUUAUAGGCCUGAACUUCCUCCAGUUUUGCAUGGGUUGUCAUUCACAAUAUCUCCAAGUGAGAAGGUAGGAAUUGUUGGAAGGACUGGGGCUGGGAAAUCUAGCAUGAUUAAUGCUUUAUUUCGGAUUGUAGAACUGGAGAAGGGACGAAUUUUGAUUGAUAAUUGUGAUAUUGGGAAGUUUGGACUGACAGAUCUACGAAAAGUUCUUGGUAUCAUACCACAGUCACCAGUUCUUUUUUCAGGAACUGUGAGAUUUAAUCUUGACCCGUUUAGUGAACAUAGUGAAGCUGAUCUUUGGGAAGCUUUAGAGAGGGCACAUUUGAAGGAUGUGAUCAGAAGGAAUUCUCUUGGGCUGGAUGCUGAGGUCUCAGAGGCUGGAGAAAAUUUCAGUGUUGGACAGAGACAACUAUUGAGUCUUGCUCGAGCACUGUUGAGGAGAUCGAAGAUACUUGUACUUGAUGAAGCAACUGCUGCAGUUGAUGUUGGAACUGAUGUUCUUGUUCAGAAAACCAUUCGAGAGGAAUUUAAGUUGUGCACUAUGCUCAUUAUUGCUCACCGACUAAAUACCAUUAUUGAUUGUGAUCGAAUCCUUCUGCUUGAUGGUGGUCAGGUUCUAGAAAAUGAUUCCCCAGUUGAACUGCUAUCAAGUGAAAGUAGUGCUUUCUCAAAAAUGGUCCAGAGUACGGGAACUGCAAAUGCCCAAUAUUUACUAAGCUUAGUACUUGGUGGGGAAGGAGAAAACCGGUUGAGAAAAGAAGAGGAUAAAUGGCCAGAUGGAAGGGGAAGAUGAUAGGUUUCUUCUCACUGGGCUGCUGCUGCCCAGUUUGCUGUCGCCAUGAGCCUAAGUUCAUCACAGAACGACCUUCAACAGUUGGAAAUCGAAGAUGAGAACAGUAUCCUUUAAAAAAAAAAAAAAAACGAAGGAUGCGGUCAUAACUCUGAAGGGAGUUCUGGAAGGCAAACAUGACCAAGUAAUUGAAGAGUCUUUAGAUCAGUAUCAGAUCUCUAGAGAUGGAUGGUGGUCAGCUCUUUACAAAAUGAUUGAAGUUUCUUGCCAUAAUGAGCAGGUUAGCUCGCAACAGGCUUCACGAAUCCGAAUUUGGUUUUGAGGACAGGUCAAUUAAAUGGAACAAUGUUGAAGUGUCUUAGAUCAAAGUCUGAUGUGGCGAAAAGGCAUUUCAUGGGCAACUGAUAAAGUUCUUCUUUGGAAUUUCUUCAUGGUCUUUGGAUGUUACUGUGAUCGUAGCGCUUCCGACGAGCUACUUCUGGUCUAUGCAAUCUGCACGGUUUUGGAACCCGACAGUUGUGUUAAUUUUUAGGAUGUCAUGUUAAUUUUAGAUCACUUUAAAAUAAUACUGUUAAUUUUCGAGCAGGAAAGAAUUUUUGGAAUUAGGUAGCGUAAGAAUGAAGGAAUUAUGUGCUCUAAUUGUCAUGCAUUUAGCCUUGCCUAACAUGAUGUUCCAUAAACAUUAUAAGCAAGAGCACAUGCAUUCGCCCUACUAGAAAAUAUGAAGUAGAUGGUAUAUUUAUGGAUUACCCAAUCCAUGGAAUAGGAUAAGCAUACUGAUUUGAUAGUUGUGGUUUUUCGGAAUUGACUAGAUUGUACAUCUAGCAUGCAAGUGGUGAAGCCAUUUCAGUAGUAUAUCUUUCUUUUGUUUUGGAGCACAAA